UGACGUCAUCAGAUUCCGUGCACGCGAGUAUCGACUUUUCAAUGCGGAAGUUCCCUCCUCGAUCUGACUCCGGAACGAUCUUAGAAACGAAAACAAGCGUCAUAAAAACCCCGAUUGUCGAGUUAACAGACAACUUGUCUGGUUAAAUUCUAAAGCAUAGUGUUUAAAAGUUGUUUCCAUACGGCGGUGUUACAUUCGUUUCGAUUAUUGGGCAAGUGAUCAGCCAUUAUGGCUACCAACAAUAAUUUACAGAAAGCCAUUGAUCUUGCCAGCAAGGCGGCUCAGGAGGAUAAAGCUCAGAAAUACGAGGAGGCUCUACGUCUUUACCAGGCUGCUGUUCAGUACUUCCUCCAUGUGGUGAAAUAUGAAGCCCAGAGUGACAAAGCUAAACAGAGCAUCCGGGCAAAAUGUGCAGAAUAUUUGGACAGAGCAGAGAAGUUGAAAGAGUAUUUAAAGAAGAAAGAAAGCGCUCCUCCCGCGAAGCCUGUCAAAGAGUCACAGUCUGAUGACAAAGGGAAUGAAAGUGAUGAAGGUGAUGAUCCAGAGAAAAAGAAGUUCCAAAAUCAACUCACAGGUGCAAUUGUUAUGGAGAAACCAAACAUCAAAUGGAAUGAUGUUGCUGGUUUAGAGGGAGCCAAGGAGGCACUGAAAGAAGCUGUUAUUCUUCCGAUCAAAUUUCCCCACCUUUUCACAGGAAAGAGAACUCCAUGGAGAGGGAUCUUGCUCUUUGGACCACCAGGUACAGGAAAGUCUUAUCUGGCUAAAGCUGUUGCCACAGAAGCAAACAACUCAACCUUCUUCUCCAUCUCCUCUUCUGACCUUGUCUCCAAAUGGCUGGGAGAGAGUGAAAAGUUGGUGAAGAAUCUUUUUACCCUUGCAAGGGAGCACAAGCCUUCUAUCAUCUUCAUUGAUGAGAUCGACUCCCUGUGUGGCUCAAGAAGUGAGAACGAGAGUGAGGCUGCUCGGCGUAUUAAGACAGAGUUCCUGGUUCAGAUGCAGGGUGUGGGAAAUGACAAUGAGGGAGUGCUGGUACUUGGCGCAACAAAUAUCCCAUGGACCCUAGACUCAGCCAUCAGAAGAAGAUUUGAGAAGAGGAUCUACAUCCCGUUGCCUGAAGAGCACGCACGGUCCUUCAUGUUCAAGCUCCAUCUGGGCGCGACCCCCACAAGUCUCAGCGACACUGACUUUGUCACUCUGGGCAAGAAGACAGAUGGAUACUCGGGAGCAGAUAUCAGCAUCAUUGUCCGAGACGCUCUAAUGCAGCCUGUUAGAAAGGUCCAGUCAGCAACCCACUUCAAAAAGGUACGUGGUGAAUCAAGAACCGACCCCAACACACUUGUAGAUGACCUAUUGACUCCUUGCUCUCCUGGCGAUCCCAACGCGAUUGAAAUGACAUGGAUGGAGGUACCUGGGGAGAAACUAUUGGAACCUGUAGUAUGCAUGUCCGACAUGAUGAGGUCUCUGGCCAACACAAAGCCAACAGUCAAUGAUCAAGAUCUGGUCAAACUGAAAAAAUUCACAAAUGACUUUGGACAGGAAGGCUAGGUGGAAUGAUUGAGCCAAAGCAAAGGAAUUUUGAUUGUCUCUCUUUACUGUCCUUUUCUUUUUUUACUCUCUCAUCAUAACCCUUCACCAGGCUUUGUGGUUUAUCAUGAGUGGACAAGAUCACUGCGCUGUUGUUUAGCCAAUUUGAUAACCAAGCAAAGGGUGAAAGGACCUUGUUUUAUUCGAAAAAUAACCAUUGUCCAAAGAAGAUUAAAAACAUCCCAUCUGCAGCUGACCUGAUAAAAGAAUCAAUGACAUAAAUAAUUUAGAGUGUUGUUUGACUUGUGCACUAUAGAAUAAAAGGUAUUUAUCAGCAGAAUACCCUAGCAAUGACAUACACAACAAUUAAUUGCAAAUAAGACUUCUGAAGUCAAGAUAAUUUAUUUUAAGUUAAAGCAACACUAUGUAACUUUUCCCGCUUUGGUCCCCCUACAUGUUGUCUCAUUGGAACUACAGCUUGCGCUACCCGCCGCUUCGGUCCCGCUUCAGGUUGUCUCCAUAGACUGUAUAUUAAUAUUAAGUCUAUGGUUGUCUGAUUGGAACUACAGCUCGCGCUACACGCCGCUUCGGUCCCCCUACAGGUUGUUUCAUUGGAACUACAGCUGCAGCUAAAAGUUACAGUGUUGCUUUAAGACUAGCUCUUGUCUCCUUAUUUUCCAGCCAGAAUACAUCUCACUAGACUAAAAUAUACCGCUUGCAUAUUCUCCAUUUUAUGUUAAGAAAAAAACAAGCAUUUUAUAGUGUAUACUGUACUUUGUGGAAUGUAAAAAGCUUGGGCUGGGGGAGUGAAGCAGGGCAUGAGUUGAUAGGAUUUGUUUGGUGAAAUAUGUCAUUUUUGUCUCAAGGUGGUUGACGUUUAAGAGCUUUGAGAGAGAGAUAUUCAGGAUGAGAGCUACAUUAGACCCUGUGGAAAUAUUGGAAUGUUUAUCCAGUUUCCUAACAAGGAACAAUUGUAUUUGUUUACUCAUUUGUCAUUUGAAUUAAACACGGCUACAAGGGUGGAUCACCAAUGUUGCCAGACCAGCAUUAUUUUACAAUUCUUCAAGGACUCAAUAGCUUUUAAUUGCUUUGUCACUCAGCUUUUUUCUCACAACCUACUGUAUAUAUUUUUCUUUACUAUCCACAGGCUUGCUGGUUAUCUUUAAUAUAAACUGUAAAAAAAAAACUAAGCCUUAUGUUAUGAUAAAGUCAUUAUAAAUUUUGAUAAAACAAGACCCAGUUGGACACUGAUGGCUCAGGUGGAGAGAUCAUCUUCUUGUAUACUUAACAAUAUAGGAGUGCAUCUCAAAGCAUGAACUCUAUGUUGCCAUAAGUGGCAGUGUGCACCAUGUGCCUUCUAGAAAAGCUGCAAGAUUCAUUUUUAUUGGUUUAUUUCUAAAUUGGUCGCACUGCUUAUAUAUCCAGUGCUUUGUCACUACAACUAAAAAUGUAUAAUUCAUGUAAGCUCUUCCAGAGAUUGUAUACAACUGUGCUCUUUUGCUCCUAAGGUGUGAAACUAUCUCUUUUGAGUUUUAAGAGUCUUAUUUUACUGUAAAUGUCUAUACAUAUAGCCAACUCGAGCUUUUUCUUUGUGUGGUCACCCAUGCAUAACAUUUUCUGUUUUUGUUUCCACAAUGUAAAUAAAAGUUAAAGCUACGUCAAGAAAA